UAAAAAAAUUAAAACAUAUUAAUAAGAGUAGAGACUUUAUUGUUUACACAAUUAAAUUUACAUAUAAUUAAAUAAUUACAUAUCAUUGUUAAUUGGUGCUUACGAUGUUAGACUAGUGAUAAGGUUUUAUUUCAGAUGUUUGAUAAUUGUUCAGUAAAAGUUGCAGUGCGCGCCUUGUCAACUAUGGUAUCCAUAAAAGAUACAUACACAUUACAUCAACAUAUAACUAAAUAAUUACAUAGUCCUGAUAAUAAUUGCUUACAAUAUUAAACUGAUGCCAAGUUCUUCUUCUAAAUAUCUAAUAGUUGUCCAAUUGUAUGUUUUGUAUACACACCACAUUUACAUAUAAUUAAAUAAUUACAUAUUAUUGUUAAUUGGUGCUCAAGAUGUUAAACUAGUGGUAAGGUUUCCUCUUCCUAGAUGUUUGAUAAUCAUUCAGUAAGUGGCAGUGCGAAUUAGAUCCCUUGGCCACUAGGGUACCCAUGAAGGAUACAUACACAUUACAUCAACAUAUAAUUAAAUAAUUAUCUAGUACUGUUGGUGGUUACAAAUUAAACUGAGAAUAAGGUUUCAUCUUCUAGAUGUCAGACAAUGUCCAGUAAAAGUUGUAGUGCGGAUUAAACCACUAGCCAACAAUGAAAUUAUUCAGAUGCUUGAUAUUGUAUUGUAUACACAUCACAUUUACAUAUAGAAUUAAAUAACUACAUAUUAUUGAUAGUGCUUAAGAUGUUAAACUAGUGACAAGGUUUCACUCGGGAUGUUCUUCAGUAAAAGUUGCAGUGCGCGCCUUGUCAACUAGGGUAUCCAUAAAAGAUACAUACACAUACAUCAACAUAUAAUUAAAUAAUUAUAUAGUACUGUUAGUGCAUACAAUAUUUAAACUAACAACAGGGUUUUUUCUUCUAGAUGUCGGACAAUUGUUCAGUAAAAGUUGCAGUGAGAGUUAGACCCCUUGCUAUCUAUGAAAUUCACAAAGGAUGUAAAGAUGUUGUUCAGAUUAUCCCUGAGAAUGACCAAAUUCUAAUUCACGAUAAAUCUUUUACGUUCAACUACGUGUUUGGUACUCAGUCAACACAGGAGGAAGUUUACAAUAGAUCGGUUAAGAGUAUUAUAGGGAAUCUGUUUAAAGGCUACAACGUAACUAUAUUGGCUUACGGACAAACAGGCUCAGGAAAAACACACUCUAUGGGAACUGCUUACAGAGGAGAAGGAGACAUGGGUGUCAUUCCCAGAGCAAUUAAAGAUAUAUUUGACUAUAUAAAAGAUAACUUCUCUUUGGACUUCAACUUAUCAGUUUCAUUUGUGGAAUUAUACCAAGAAGUUCUAUAUGAUCUUUUAUCUGGUAAGCCUAGAGAUCAAUGUGUCUUGGAUAUUCGUGAAGACGUUUCUAAAGGUAAUCAUAUACCGGGAUUAACUGAAGUGCCAGUCUCUAACUCUGAAGAGGUGUUUGAUCAACUGGCAAAAGGAUCCACUGGAAGGGCCACUGGUUCUACGAACAUGAAUUCGCAAAGUUCUCGUAGCCAUGCCAUUUUCACCGUUAACAUUGCCCUGCAACACAAAACAGACGAGGAUAAGAAUAUUACGGCAAAAUUGCAUUUGGUCGACUUAGCUGGUUCUGAAAGGCCAAAGAAAACUGGUGCAGUGGGAAAUACUUUCAAAGAGGGUGUUAACAUCAAUAAAGGCUUGUUUGUACUGGGGAAUGUUAUAAGUUGUUUAGGUGACGAAACAAAAUCCAGUUCCUUUGUUCCAUAUCGGGACAGCAAUCUCACAAGACUUCUAAAAGAUUCCUUGGGUGGUAACAGCAUCACACUAAUGAUAGCCUGUGUCAGUCCGGCUGAUUACAAUUUAGAUGAAACGGUUUCCACUCUUAGAUACGCCGAUAGGGCCAAGAAAAUCAAGAAUAAGCCUGUAGUCAACCAAGAUCCUCAUGUCGCCGAAGUCAAUAAACUUAAGAACACCAUCCAGCAACUGAGACUGCAAAUAGUGGGACAAGGCGGUCCUAUGGUCUGUCCUGCUGAAAUUGAGCUUCUGAAGAAGAAAAUUGCGGAUUUGGAGAAAAAGAAUCGAGAAUUAAACGUCAAAUUGUCGGCCUCGCUGGUUGAUAAUACCGCCCUCAUGGAGAAGUUCCAUAUUCUGCAACAUCACACAGAAAAUUUGAGUAAGAGAUUGAUGGAAUUGGGCGAAGAUUUCGAAGCCACCGUGGGCAACAUUAGCACGGGACUCGAAGCUAACGACGCCGAUUCAGUCAAAUUGAAUGUGAAAAAUUUAUUGGAGCUUCAACAGAAGUUUGAAACAAUCAACAGUGAACAAAAGGAAACAGAGAAUGAAAUUAAGAACCAUGAAGAAACUUUCAUCAAGUUCCUGCAUACUGGUGAAAGUGGUAACGAAACACCAGUUGAAUUCGAUGAACAGCAAAAUGAAUACACUGACAAACAGCUGGCACUCAACAAUGAACUGAAAGACUGCAUGAAACAACUCGCUCUGAAGCAAGGUCUCGCAAAUCAGUUGGUGAAGAACCUUCAAUGUAUGACUGACUAUAAUGGUAUUAACGAGAAUGAGGAGAAAAUUGCCGCCCUUCAAAAGGAGAGAGACGAACUGUUGCAACAAUUGAAGGCUGUUCAUACGCAGGAUAACGUAGGAAAAAUAUCCGAACAGAGGAGGAAGCGCCUGAAAGAACUAGAAUCACAAAUUCAUGAUUUAAAUAAGAAGGUGGCAGAACAAUCGAGACUUAUUAAACUCAAAGAAAAAGAUGAAAAAAGGAUCAAGCAGUUGGAUAACGAAAUUAUGCUUAUGAAGCAAAACAAAGUCAAGCUAAUGAAAAAGAUUCGGGAGGAGUCUGAGAAGUUCAGGACGUGGAAAAUUCAACGGGAGAAAGAACUGGCCAAGCUGAAACAGCAAGACAGGAAGAAGGACAACGAAAUCGCUAAAAUAAAAUCAAUGAACGCCAAACAACAAAACGUAUUGAAGAGAAAAGUCGAGGAGGCUCAUGCGUUAAACAAGCGAUUACAGCAAUCCUUGCAACUGAGAAAACAAGCGCAGGAAAUGAAAAACACCGACAGAUCCAAACAAGCCAAGACUUCUUUUAAACAAGAGUUUGAAGUCUAUUUUAACUUGAUAGAAGCCGCCGAAACUGUAAAUAACUUGUUGGAGGACCGUGCGAAACUGCAAGGACAGUUGGAGAUACUGAAGGCUAAUGAGGCCACUAAAAACUCUGAAGAGUGUCGGUCAUUGGAGGAGGAUAUCGAGUGCCGAUCUGCCCAAAUCCAAGAUUUCCAAAAUAAACUCUUAGAAUCUGAUGAGGACAAUAAAAAAUCUAGGUUCGAAAACAUUCAAACUAUGGCAGAGGCAAAACAGGCUCUCCAAGUAUUAUUUGAACAAGCCACUGAAAUAAAAAGAAAAGCUGUACAAAAUGAGUUAAAACUGACUGAAGCCCAAGAGAUCACAGCAGAGUUUAAAGAUUACAAGAAGAAUUAUGAGAUGAAUAUGAAGAUGAUUGAAGAAAAAUACGACAAUCAGUUGUCUGAACUUCAAAACGUUAAUGAAGAAAAAGUUUCAUUUUUAUUGAGACAGUUAUGUGGUGGGAAGGCGACAGAUGAGUGUGUUGAUGAGGAACUUAAAAAGCAUUGUCAAAUUCUUGAAGAACAUAAUACCAAGCUGCAGGAAACAAUAGCACAAUUGAACAUGAAGUUGGAUUUGAUAAAGACUACAGGCGAAAAUGGAGCAACUACCCCAGUGGUCCCUAAAAAACCCAAAAAGAUAUCGAACAACGACACUUUCAUAAUGAACGAUGACGAGAAAGUUCUCGAUUCAAGCAUAGAAGAACUCUUUGAUGAUCCCAAUGAUCCGGAUUGGAGAAAUACACCCCUGGGUAAACGAAUUCUAAAGGAAAAGAAGAAGUUAAGCUACUUCAAAAGUAUAAAUGCGGAGUAUACUACUGAGAGCGAAGAACGUCCGUCAUUUAAAAGGUCGUCGGAAGGCGGAUGCACGUGCAAAACUAAAUGCUCCGCCAGAUGCGGUUGUAGGAAGUUAAAUCGUGGUUGCAGGGAUUCAUGUAAAUGCGACCCAUCAUCCUGUCUGAAUCGUGAUUCUCAAAAUAUUGAUGUAAGCAAUAACUCUGAUACAACAGACACCCAACAAUCUGGAGAGGUGGAUGAGACUGAAUCAUUUAAAAAACCUAAGAUCGACGUUGAUAGGAAGAAAAGACAAAAAAAGAGACAUCUUUUCCAAGAUUGAGAUGAAGA